CAGUCUGAUCUCUCCAACCAAUUUGAUCAAAAGUUGGUGUAGGGAUUCUUAAACUCACGGUGAUACAGGAUUACUUCUUGGGUUUUCUGCUUCAAUGGACGAAGUUGAAGGUAUGGAAACUAGUUCUUCUAUAGUUACUUCUAAUUCUAAAGCUAAUACUAAAGAGCUUAAAAUGUUUGUUAAAAUUAAUGAGAGAUAUGGAGAGGAAGAUGUAGCUAAUAAGAUUAAAGGGAUUAAAAUUACUGAUGAAAUUACUGAGAGAGAUGGUGAAGAAGAUGUAGUUGAUAGGAUUAAAGAGCUUAAAAUGUUUGAUGAAAUUACUGAGAGAGAUGUAGCUGAUGGUUGUGAAGUUGACAAGAAAUACUUGAACAUAGAUAACAAGGGAAAGGCUGUCAUGUCGAUAGAACCUGCAGAUGAAAUGGUGAAUGAUAUUUCAGACAAUGAUGAUGAUGAUGAUGGGUCAGAAGGGUAUGAUCCAGAAGAAGGAUCCGGUUAUGAAUCUGAUGAUGUUGUUUUUAAGUCGAAUGCUGAGGUGGAGGCUGCAGCAUUACAAGCCAAGUUCGACGCUGAAGACCUCCCUGCUGGUGCAGAAGUAUCUGUCCCUUGGUUGGUGGUGGAGGACAAACCCACUGAUAGCAGUUCAUCUGUUCCCGAGCAGUUUGAAGAAGAGGAGGAUGAAGUUAUGCUGAAGUUUAAAUCAUUUAAAAGUUUCGAUACAGUUGUGGAUUUCUCUGACCACCAUUAUCAAUCAGAGUCAGUUACCGAAUCAACGCAGGCAUCACAGAAGUGGGUAAAAGCUAUUCAGCGGGAUUGGAGACUUCUAGAGAAGGAUUUGCCUGACACUAUAUUUGUUAGAGCUUAUGAAGAAAGAAUGGAUCUUUUAAGGGCUGUAAUUGUAGGUGCAGCUGGGACUCCUUAUCACGACGGCCUCUUCUUCUUCGAUGUUUACUUUCCAUCAGAUUAUCCUGAUACACCACCGCUCGUCAACUACCAUGCACAUAAUCUGCGUUUAAAUCCAAACUUGUACAAUAGUGGAUAUGUUUGCCUUAGUCUUCUCAACACAUGGCAGGGGCAUACCGUUGAGCGUUGGACCCCAGGGCAAUCCACUAUGCUGCAAGUUCUUCUCUCUAUCCAGGCACUGGUGCUGAAUGAAAAGCCUUACUUCAAUGAGCCUGGAUAUGAGUUCGAGGCUGGCACUGUACGGGGCGAGAAGCUUUCCCAAGAAUACAAUGAGGACACAUUUAUUCUUUCAUGCAAGACAAUGCAGUACACGCUUAAGAAUCCCCCAAAGCAUUUUGAGGAAUAUGUACUGGGACAUUUCCGCCUUCGAGCACAGACUAUUUUGGCGACUUGUAAGGCUUACAUUGAAGGUGCUCAGAUCGGUUCUGUUGUUGAAGAAGAAGUGCAGGAUGAUAAUGAGAGUGAAGAAGAAGUGCAGGUUGAAAAUGAGAGUCAAAAGAGCAGCUCCUCGUUAACCUUGAACGAGGAGGAAACCAUUGUUCAUGGAGUGAAGGAUGUAAAUGAAGGUCAAAAGAGCUGCACCUCAUUGCACUUCAAAAACGAAGUGGGUACCAUGGCAGGGAACCUUGCUCCAAUGUUUAUAUCUAAAGGCGCUAAGAAUUGUGAGCAGUUCAUCUGUCUGGGAGACGCGUAUAGGUUAGCCGAAGCCAAUUACAGUGACAUUUUUAAGGAACAUUUCUACAAGCCAGUUGGAGAACAAGUUGCUGCUGCUGAAUCUUAACCUCAGUUUCAGCCUUUUGCUCACUCAACAUCUAAAGCUCAACUUCAACCUUUUGCUCAUAUUUUGUUCAACCUGAGUCUCAGGCUCAGCCUCAAGUUCAAGGUAAAGCUCAUUUGAGGACAAAUAACACUACUUAGCCUAGAUAUAUUACUAUUUUAGUGUCUAUAUUAGGAAAUUAUGCAAAUGUUUUUUUGUUUAACUUCUGAGCUCCGCCUUCUGGAAGUUCUGGAAGACUAUCACAUUUGCUUACUUUUGGGGAACAGUUUUUAAUUGAAUAUCUAAUAUCAGCCUUCCUUUAUUGCUCA